UCGUCGCCGGCCGGAGCCCCAGCGAGCCAAGAACCCCUCCCCCGCCCUCUCUCCACCGCGCAGCGCCCACCUCCAAGCGCCACAGCGCCGGCGACCGAUGGACCAGUUCCACGACGGGCAGCACGUGCGGCUGCGGAGCCGCAGGCGCGGCCGGUACGUCCGCGCCGCCGCCGACGGGGUGAGCGUCACCCUCAGCCGGCGCCGCGCGUCGCUGAACGUCGCGUGGACGGUGCACCUGUACCACAGCGCCGACGGCGACGGCCCGUACCUGCUCCUCCACAGCGCCGCCUACGGCCGCUACCUCGCCGCCACGGACAUGCCGCUGCCGGGAGGGCACGGCCGCUUCCGCGUCGAGCAGCGCAGAUACGACCAGCCGGAGCUGCGGUCCAUCAUGUGGCAGGCCAUCGGGGGCGGCGGCGGGGGCGGGGUCCUGCUCCGCAACGUCGGCGGCCUCCACCUCAGCGUCCGCGUCCGCGCCUGCCGCACAUUGUUCUACUGGGCCGUGGAGCCCAUCCCCGCCAGAGAGGCCGCGCCUCGCCUUCCACCACCGCUUUCGUUCGGGCAGGAGGAGCCGAGGGCGGAGCGGCGGAUCCGGGUCGUGCAAGCGACCGCCGAGGGGCUCUACGCCGACGAACGCUGGUCCCAGCUCCAGUUCUUCGGGAGGUGCGUGAACCACCUGAGGAACGCUCUGGCCAGGCACCUCAACCUGCCGCUGAGCUCCGCCUUCCUCAUGUGCGUCCGAGCGGGCCGCCACGGGAGGCUCACCCCACUCGUCGUCGACCUGCCCCACGGCGGCUCCGGCGAGACCCUCGAGGUCGUCGUCAUCCUGUCCGGGACCCCCGCCUGUGAUGCGUUGCGACACCCGGAUGUCGACGCAGAGUAGAGAAAGAUCAGAGCUGAAGUCCUGACACAAGUUUCGCCGCCUCCGAUACGAUGACUGCAGAACUGGACGCCUACUUUUGCCUAUAGAUAGAUAGAAUAGAUAUAGAUUGAGAAAACUCAGCAGCUCUCGCAUUUCUUCUACUAGCUGAACUUGGUCCGUUCUCAGACAGGGAGAGGGGGAAGCCCUGCCUGUUUUGGCCUCGCUGUUCUUUGAUUCAGAAUUGCCGAAGGCAUUGUUGCAUCCCAUGGCUCAACAAUGUUUGUUGGGAACUUGGGAUGCUAGUUGUAGUAGUUGCUGCAUUGUCGCUCUUCUGACAUUCAUCUCUGAUGUGAUUGCCGCCGUUUCUUUUCAC